CAGCCUACGUACGAUUCCUCUGCUCCCCACCGGACGGAGCAGGGGAGAAGACGAAAGCAUGCACGCGGCCUCAAGGGCUCAAGGCACGCUACAGCCAGCUGCUCAAGAAUGCCCCCAGCCUGCUGCUGCCAAGUUUUACCUCUCGCCGGCCUGCCCCGUCCGGUUGUCCGGGUCGGUGUUAUAUAAGCAGCCCCGUCGCCGGCCCUGCCUUCGCCACAGCCCACCACCACCUUCUUCCUCAUCCUCAGUUCCCUCUCUUUCUGCCUUUGUCUGUCUAGAACCUCCAGCUCUGUCUCGCUACUGCUUGUUGAAUUGAAACGUCUCGUCGGAGGAGGAGGAGCGGCAGGAGAGGAGCGGAUGGCGAAGGGCGGACCGGGGAAGCUGCGGUGCAUGAUCCGGAGGUGGCACUCGUCCAGCCGCGUCGCCCGCGCGCCGUCGCCCGCCGAGGACGGCGCCGGCGACGCGCGCGGUGCGUCGUUCCACGGCGCGGACGAGGUGCCCAAGGGCAUGCACCCGGUGUACGUCGGCAAGUCGCGGCGCCGGUACCUCGUCGACGAGGACCUCGUGGGCCACCCGCUGUUCCAGACCCUCGUCCACCGCACCGGCAGCGGCGCUGAGGCCGGCUGCACCGUGGUCGGCUGCGAGGUGGUCCUUUUCGAGCACCUGCUGUGGAUGCUGGAGAACGCCGACCCGCAGCCGGAGUCCCUCGACGAGCUCGUCGAGUACUACGCCUGCUGAGAGCGCGCCACGCCACGCCACGCCACCGGCGGCCCGC